UGACGAGGCCGUGGCCUGAGGUUCAGGGCCCCCCAGCCCCUCCCUCCCAGCCCACCAGCGUCAACCCCCAGCCCCGAGCUGGACCGCACACCUUGGGACACGGUUUUCCACUUCCUAAGGACGAGCCCCAGGCUGGAGGAGAGGUCCGAGGAGGUGAGCGUGGGACUCUUCGCGAGAACACCGGAGGCGGGCCCCGGGGAGGCGGCCGAGGCGGCGGCGGCCGGGGGCGACAUGGCGGAGGAGCAGGACCUCUCCGAGGUGGAGCUGAGCCCCGUGGGCUCCGAGGAGCCCCGCUGCCUGUCCCCGGGUAGCGCGCCCUCACUGGGGCCCGACGGCGGCGGCGGCGGCGGCGGGGGAUCGGGCCUGCGAGCCAGCCCGGGGCCGGGAGAGCUGAGCAAGGUCAAGAAGGAGCAGCAGGAUGGCGAGGCGGACGAUGACAAGUUUCCCGUGUGCAUCCGCGAGGCCGUCAGCCAGGUGUUGAGCGGCUACGACUGGACGCUGGUGCCCAUGCCCGUGCGCGUCAACGGCGCCAGCAAGAGCAAACCGCACGUCAAGCGGCCCAUGAACGCCUUCAUGGUGUGGGCGCAGGCGGCGCGCAGGAAGCUGGCCGACCAGUACCCGCACCUGCACAACGCCGAGCUCAGCAAGACGCUGGGCAAGCUCUGGAGGCUGCUGAACGAGAGUGACAAGCGCCCCUUCAUUGAGGAGGCCGAGCGGCUCCGGAUGCAGCACAAGAAGGAUCACCCGGACUACAAGUACCAGCCUCGGAGGCGGAAGAACGGGAAGGCGGCCCAGGGGGAGUCGGAGUGCCCCGGCGGGGAGGCCGAGCAGGGCGGGGCCGCCGCCAUCCAGGCCCACUACAAGAGCGCCCACCUGGACCACCGGCACCCGGGAGAGGGCUCCCCGAUGUCAGACGGGAACCCUGAGCACCCCUCAGGCCAGAGCCAUGGCCCACCCACCCCUCCGACCACCCCAAAGACAGAGCUGCAGUCGGGCAAGGCAGACCCCAAGCGGGACGGGCGCUCCAUGGGCGAGGGCGGAAAGCCCCACAUCGACUUCGGCAACGUAGACAUCGGGGAGAUCAGCCACGAGGUAAUGUCCAACAUGGAAACCUUUGACGUGGCUGAGUUGGACCAGUACCUGCCGCCCAACGGGCACCCGGGCCACGUGGGCAGCUACUCAGCAGCGGGCUAUGGGCUGGGCAGCGCCCUGGCUGUGGCCAGCGGACACUCCGCCUGGAUCUCCAAGCCGCCAGGCGUGGCCCUGCCCACGGUCUCGCCACCUGGCGUGGAUGCCAAAGCCCAGGUGAAGACGGAGACCGCAGGGCCCCAGGGGCCCCCGCACUACAGCGACCAGCCAUCCACCUCGCAGAUCGCCUACACCUCCCUCAGUCUGCCCCACUACGGCUCUGCCUUCCCUUCCAUCUCCCGCCCCCAGUUUGACUACUCUGACCAUCAGCCCUCAGGACCCUACUACGGCCACUCAGGCCAGGCCUCCGGCCUCUACUCGGCCUUCUCCUACAUGGGGCCCUCGCAGCGGCCCCUCUACACGGCCAUCUCUGACCCCAGCCCCUCAGGGCCCCAGUCCCACAGCCCCACACACUGGGAGCAGCCAGUAUACACGACGCUGUCCCGGCCUUAAAGGGGCUCGCCACGCCCCCGCCCAGCCAGUCU